GGGGUGGGGGCGAUGCGGCUCGAGGUUGAGCCCGAUCUUCUUCACGACGACGGCGCCAACGCAUCAGCGAUCUGGCGCGAUCCUCCUAUUCGGACCCCAUCUACGAGGCUCCCAGCUCGACCGCAUAAUUCGAGGCGAGGGUGUGUUUUUAGCGCCAUGGCCGCGGCGGAGUCGGAAGCGCCGCCGCUGGCGCCGGGCCGCAGGCUGCUGGAGGCGCUGCCAGCCCCGCUGAGCGGCGACGCGGUGCGCGAGUUCCUCCAGCCGUACGGCUUCAACCCCAAGGAGGAUGUGCGCAGACGGGGGUUGGCGCCAGGAAGGCGGCCUUCUGAGGACGGACACGAAUGGGCCUCGCAGUGGUCCGAGCUGCCCGAGCUGACCAUACGUGUCGUCGACCAGGUGAAGUCCGGCGGGCACAACUACUACAGCCUGGACUGCGCGCUGGCGCGGCAAGGGGAGUGGCACUCGCCGUAUCUCGUCUGGAGCAGCGGGUGCCGCCUGUCUCAGCUGCGGGAGGGCCUGCACGAUCCGGUGGUGCGCGCUUUCGGGGGCGCCUACAGGGACCGCUUCGCGGGCGUGAGUUUCGCACACCGCAUCGGUUCUUGGCCUGGCAACCAGGGCCGCGUAGCGGCUUGGUGCGACAGGCUGGCGAGGUCGCUGGACAGGACCUGCCGCCCUUCGCUUGUGGCGCAGGUGCUGCUGGUGCUCGGCGUGCCGCCGCCGCCGCGCAUCCAGGAGGGGUGGGGCGAUGAGGUCGCCCCUGCCAGCCUGCCAGGCAUCCAGUCUGGACUGGUUACCAAUAUGCAGAUCCCAAUCUACUUGAUGCGUAACGGAGGGAGCGGUCCGCGCGGGGCGUGGAUGUUGCCGCUGGUACUGGGAGGGGCGGUCGCCGCGACCAUCGCGUACCUCCACCGGUGCCCUGCUGCGCCGGAGUGCCCGAGCUGUUCCUUGACCUGUCCUGCCCGUCCUUCUUUCACGUGCCCCCCGCCAGCCGCAGUCAGCUGCCCAGCGUGCCCCACGCUGGUCUGCCCCGCGGUGGCGGACGAGGCGCCGCGCGCCGCUCCUGAGGGGCGUGCUGAGGCGCCGCGCUCCUGGCCUGCCUGCGCUGCUUGCGAGCAGCCGGCGGAGCCUGAGCGGGCGGCUCGGUCUCUCGGGGACGUGCGGUACGGUGACGACGUGCCAGGGGACGUGGCGACGGCAGCUGCGGUGCGCGGGCGCGACCUCGACACCCUCGCCGACGGGAGUGCCCUGUUCGUUGAGGAGGUGCCGGCGGCCGAGCUGGAGGACUUCAUGGGGCGCGCGGUGGCAGCAGACGCUCGCGUGAUGCCCGUGAUGCGUACGGGCGCCCGCCGCGAGGAGACGUGGGCGGUCAUGGCUGCGCGCGGUCGUGAGGUGAACUUCGGGCGCGACUGGCGGGUGACAGGCCCGCGGACGACGUUCUGGUGCAUCAAGUUCAUCAACAACGAGGGGAUGAGCAUCGACGGGCAGCACGAUCGGUUGCGGGCGGUGGCGAAGCUCGAGCCGACCCAGUGGCGCGUGCAGGAGCACUUCCAGUGCACGCAGUACAUCCGCCCUUUGUUGCUCUAUGACCAGUGCGACGGCACGAACUUACAGGCUUUCGAGGUCAUCUUCUGUCGCAUGCAGACGAUCGAGUAUUCGUACCUGGAGAAGGUGAGGGAGCGUGAAGGGGCCAGUCAGAGCGGGAAGCUGUCGAUCGAGGAGCAGACGCACUCCGCGGGUUCGACUCGGAUUUCCUCCAGCUUGAUGGUGCGCCCUGUCUCGUUGGAGUUUGUACGCAAGGAAGUAGAGCAUGAAGCUGCCCUGGCAAAGAACCUCCGUAAGGCUCGUGAAGAGAAGGAGGCUUUCAAGAAGGGCAAGAAGGACGGACAAGGCGUCGACACCUCGGAAGCUCUGCGGAGGCUUCGAGCGCCUGGCUUCUACGGCUCCGACGAGGACGCGAAGCUGGGGAACUACAAUCCCGAUCUGCUCUCGCUGCCGUCCGCGGGGAGCCAUGCGGUUCCGCUCGCGGACUUGCGGGGCGCAGGCGGGCGCAGGCGCGUCGCGGAGUUCGUCCGCGAUAGUGUGCUACCUGCGGGGCCGGCGCUGGAGAGGAGGAAGACGCGCGGCGUGAGGGCGCCCUAUUCCGACCCAGCUCUUCGCCAGCCGCGUGUGUGGAGCGAUUUUGUUUCGCGGCUUCAUCGCGGCGGCCUGCUAGAUUUUGCCUGCGACCGCGGCAGAGAGUCCGUGGAGUUCUUCUGUGUUCCGAAAAAGUAUGUCGACAACUUCGCGGCUAUUUCGACUGUCGCCUCCAAGGUGCAUCGCCUCGCGUCCGCCGUAGUGCAGGGUUUCAGGGAGGCGGGGUUGGUCGCGACCGCCGAUGUCGACUCGCCCGGAGAGGAUCUCGCUCGGGACCGCACCGUCUUGGGAUGGGAUAUCAGUUGUCGUGCCGCUGUCCUGAGGCCUACCCGGGCCCGUGUCUGGAGGGCCCGCUUGCGCGUCCGUGCCGCGCUUCGUCGCGGCCGCAUCUCUGGGAAGAUCCUCGAGAGGCUUGCGGGGCACAUGGGGUUUACCAGCCUGGUCCGACGGGAAAGCCUCUCGGUCUUCGACGCGCUGUUCGCGUUCAUCCGCCGCUUCUACCCCGAAGAGGCCCCGCUGUGGCCCAGUGUCAUCAACGAGCUCACGAUCUGGGAGGGGAUCGCGCCGCUGCUGUGGCGCAACCUGAAGGCUGCCGCCGCUGCCGCCGUGUCCGACGACCCCGAGGUGCAGUGGCUGUCUGGAGUGCACGACAACGGGUCCGGAGGUCUCUGGGAUGUUGAUGGGGGGCCGCCGCCUGCUGGCAGUGCCGCCGCCGUCCUGGGUUGCGGGCUCGGCGAUUCUCGUGACGCCGUGUUUCGUGAGGUACCCCUGAAGCUCUUAAGACGUGACUGGAAGAUCGUCGGGAGGUACAAGUGGAACGUUGAGGGGCCGAUGCCUAUCCUCGAGGGCCAGGCUAUCCUAUAUGCGCUCCGACACGCCCUGAGGAAUGUUCAGAACUUCGGGCGGCGGAUCGCGGUCCUGGGGGACGCCCUCGUCGCUGCCUGCGCUGUCUCGAAGGGGCGGUCUGAUUCGAGGGCGAUGCUGAAGGUCACCCAGUCCGUUGCUGCUCUCUGUCUGGCCACUGGGUGCGUGUUGCACUGCCGGUGGCUCCCCUCAGAGUGGAACGUGGCUGACGGGCCCUCGAGAGGGCUUGCAGUACCGUCAGUGCCGCAGCCGCUGUCUCUCUCGAAGCCUCGCGAGGUGGAGUGGCUUCGCUCGGCUGGGCAGCCCGCGCCUGCCCAGCGGCCUCGCCCCGCGGCAGGAGGCGAUGCUGCUGCGAGCGUUGCCGUCGACCGGCCCCCCGCCGACUGGGUCGGCUUCGGGGCCCUCGGGGAGGGGCAGCCAGACGCGGGCGCCAGCCGCUUCGACCCCAUCUUCAUCGGCGGCGUUUCUUUCGCGGGCCGCUCCCAGCAGCGCGCCGGCGGCUGCGCCCCGUCGGGCGCCGCGGGCGCCGGCGCGAGCAGCUGCCCGGGCCGCCUGAUGCCCGAGGGCGAGCUGGACACCGACCAGACCCUCUCCCAGUUCUUGGACGAGAUGUACCUCGACGGCGCGCACGUGAGCUUGGGGCAGCGGAUGCUCGCCGCGGUGCUGUUCCACCAGUCGGCGCUGAGCAAGGCGGGCGGCGCGCGGAUGGCGCGGAGCCGCCGCGCGCUCAAGGGCUGGCAGCGGCUGGCGCCUGCAGGCUCCAGGCUCGGGGCGCCGUACGAGGUGAUGUGCAUGAUCGUGACGUGGAUGUGGGCGCACGGCCUGUGGGAGGAGGGGCUCGUGACCUGGCUGACGUUCGAGAUGUACUACCGCCCGAACGAGCCGUUCACCCUCCGCGCGCGGGACAUCGCGCCGCCGGUGGCGGGCUCGCGGGCCGGCGGCAGCUGGUCGCUGACGCUGCGCGCCCGCGAGCACGGGGUGGCCUCGAAGACCCAGGAGUUCGACCAGGCGCAGCUCCUGGACCUGGACCGGCAGGCGGCUCUCGGCCCAGCGCUCGGCGCCAUGCUGGAGGCGCGCUUCGGGCCGCAGUGGCGCCAGGCGGUACUGAAGCGGCCUGCGGGGGCUGCUGCGGCCCCGCCCCUCUUCACGAUCAGCAGCACCCAGGCGGGGCAGGCGUUCGACAGGGCGGUGCAGGCGACGCCAGCCUUGCGCGAGCCCCUGAGGGCCCCCGCGUUCGUGGAGAUCUUAUCCGGCUCAGGCAGGCCGGGGCGUGCGGCUGCGCAUGAAGGGCUGCAGGUGCUCUGGUGGGACAUCUCGUUCGGUGACGCCUAUGACCUGACGCUUGGCAAGAAUCAGAACCUGCUGUUGGGCUGGCUCGCUGGAGGCCUCAUCAUCGGGUUUCACGUCGCGCUGCCGUGCCAGACCUACUCCCGCAUCCGCGAUCGUGGAGGCGGGCCGCCGCCGCUGAGGUGCCUCGGUAGCCGCAGAAUGUGCGCCCGCACUGGCGAGCCGCACCAGCAGUUGGUCGGCAAGCGUCAGGGCUACGGCUUCAUCCACGCCGUGCCCGGCGUGAGCAAGGACGUAUACUUCAAGGUCGUGGACGGCGAGGUCCUGAGCAAGGGCGAGCAGGUCAAUUUUGUCCUGAACUGGUCGAAGGACGGCAAGCCGCAGGCCGCCAACAUCUCGCGCGCCCUCUCGGAGGGCGAGCAGACGCGCGGCACCAUCAAGUCGUUCAACGCAAAGAACGGCUACGGCUUCGUCUCCGUCGAGGGUUCGUCGAGGGACGUGUACUUCAAGGACAGCGCGCUGCCGCAGGGCCUGGAGGCCGCCGCCGCCGACGGCAGCCUGGUGGGCACGGCGGUGCGGUUCGUGGUGAAGCUGGCCGCCGACGGGAAGCCGCAGUUGAGGGACCUGGUCCUCGAGGGGGAGACGGUAUCCUACGCACCCGCCGCGCCCCAGCAGGGCGCGAAGCGCAAGGCUUGGACGCCCGCGGAGCCGGCGGCAGCGAAGAGGCCCCGCGUCGCGACGGCGCCGACCCCCGCAGGCCCGCGGGCGGGGCCCCGGACGAGGCCCUCGUGCAGCUGCACGGCGUGGUCAAGUCGUUCAACCCUGCGAAGGGUUACGGCUUCAUCAGCAGCGACGAGGUGGAGGGCGACGUCUGGUUCCGGAAGGCCACCCUCCCGCAGGAGCACCAGGGCUCCCAGGAGCUGGCCGGCCAGGAGGUGAUCUUCGGCCUUACCCGGGCGCAGGAUGGCAAGCCGCAGGCCGCCACGAUUGAGGUGAUCGGCCAGGCAUUCGAGUGAGGGCCCCGCGGGCGCGCCGGCGGGCCCCGAAAUGGGGCAGCGGGGCGCCGCCGAGCACGACCGCCACCGCCCACUACCUCUCUAUGACAGG